AUGGAUACUGUAUUGCAUUACGCAGAUCAGUUUGUUUUUGAUAAAUUAUACGCACUGAUAUGGCCAGCAUAUACAAAACAUAUUGCCGGGUCGAUCGUAUCGACUUGGCCUCGUGACGAUGUUUGGAGAGUUUGCCUUUCAUUGUAUAUCAUUACUUGUGUGUUCGGUUGGCUGCUAUACUUUAUCACUGCUACCUUAUCUUAUUACUAUGUUUUCGACCACGACUAUAUGAAGCAUCCUAAAUUUCUGAAAAACCAAAUCAGGUUAGAGAUAAAUUGUGCUGCCAGCGCAGUGCCGUGGAUGACACUUUUGACAUUACCAUGCUUUGCAGGCGAAAUAUUUGGCAAAUCCUUAUUAUAUGGCGACGUGCCCAAAACAGCAUUCGAUUGGAUCUACUUAAUCCUAUCAGUACCCUCAUUCUUAUUCUUUACAGAUUGUGGUAUUUACUGGUUUCACCGUUGGAUGCAUCAUCCACGCUUGUAUAGAUACCUUCACAAGCUCCAUCAUAAGUGGGUCAUCCCAACUCCUUUCGCAUCCCAUGCUUUCAAUCCAGUAGAUGGUUUUCUUCAAUCCUUACCUUAUCACUUAUACGCCUAUUUCAUUCCUAUGCACAAAUACUUAUAUCUGUCUAUGUUUGUGUUUGUCAAUUUUUGGACAGUUAUGAUCCACGAUGGCGAAUUUAUCUCACAUUCAGAAAUUAUCAACACCAGUGCACACCAUUUUGUGCAUCAUGUUUACUUCAAUUACAACUAUGGACAAUAUUUCACACUUUGGGAUAGAAUAGGAAGUUCGCACCGUCAACCUGACAAUGAGCAGUACGAUAAAGAAUUGCGUAUCGACUUAAAGACGAUGGCACGACAAGCUAGAGAUGCAGACAGAAUUGAAAAUGAUGUACUGCGUCAAUCCAAGGCUAAAAUACAGUAA